AUUUAAUUACUUCAAGUUAGUUUUCACUAGUAUUAUUAAUUUGACAAUAGUAACAGAGGUUCAAUGCAUCAAAUGAAAAUAGUAACUUAGUGAAUUUUGGAUUAUCAAAAUGGUACAAUAUACAGAAUUACGACAAUUUAGAACUGUGGAAUUAUCAUGUACUGGAUUAUUAUUUCAUCAUGCAAGACCUCAAGAUUUUGUAAAAUCUCAAUGGAUGUGUUUCACACCGAAAUAUUUCACAACAUAUCGUGUAUCUCUGGCAAUUCUUUUGUUGGUAUGGAUCAUAUACGAUAUUGUUAUAGAAACAAUCAGACAUUUCGAUCAUUCUGAAUAUAGUUGGAUCACAUAUGGUACAAAUUGGGCAUUUCUGAUACUUACCAUAGUUCAUAUAUCACUAACUAUCUACUGCUUGAUUUACAACAUAAAAUAUCCUAACAAUGAACCAAGAUAUUAUCAAUUGAUAUGGUUUCUGUAUAAUUUAUCAUCAACAUGUAUACUUGUGGUUUCUGUCAUAUAUUGGUUUUCAUUGUCGACCAUUCCAUUGAAUGUAUUCGCAAGUUGGCAGAGUCGAGUUAAACAUUCAUUGACUUCAGUCUUGGUCGUAAUUGACACAUGCCUUUGUGCUAUUCCGAUGCGAAUGAUACAUGUCAUUUAUCCUUGCCUACUCGGUGUGAUAUAUAGUUUAUUCACAUAUUUGUUUUGGUUACUCGGUGGUGCAGGUCCUCAUAAUAAAGGACAAAUUUAUCCUUCGAUUGAUUGGAGUAAACCACAAUCAACAAUACUAGCCUGCUUUAGUGCUCUGAUGUCUGUUAUUUUAUGUCAUGCCACACUUUAUAUAAUCUAUUUCAUACGAGUGAAUAUAAGCGCUAAAUUAGGUGGUCGAGGUUUCGUGCUCGUUAAAGAAUCGAAGGAGCAACAGUGUUAUGACAAUGAUGAAUUUGAUUUGAGCGAAGAGAUCAGUGAGGAUGGCAAGCAAACUUUCCAGAUAAGGAAGAUAGAAAAUCCACAAACAAUGUAUCAAAAAUAUGGUACAAUUGAAUAGAACAUUA